AUGGGGGGAAUGGGGAAGACUACUCUAGCCCAGUUGGUGUAUAAUGAUGAGAAGGUCGAGGCUCACUUCGAUCUUAGAAUUUGGGUAUGUGUUUCGGAACCAUUUGAAGAGAUUAAGAUUGCAAAAGCCAUUGUUGAAUCCAUUGAAGGUAGUGCCCCAAAUAUCAAUGAAUUAGAAAACUUGCUCCAAUAUAUGCACAAGUGUAUUGAAGGAAAGAGGUAUCUUCUUAUAUUGGAUGAUGUGUGGACCGAGGAUAGGCAGAAGUGGGAGCUAUUAAGGAUUCCUUUGAAGUGUAGUGGUGUGGGAAGUAGAAUACUUGUUACUACAAGGAAAAAGGAAGUUGUUGUUAUAAUGGAAGUAGCGGCGGAGAACAUGAUUACAUUGGAGGAGUUGUCUGAAGAGCAUUAUUGGUCAAUAUUUAAGAAACUUGCAUUCUUUGAAAGAAAUGAGGAUGAGUGUCGUGUACUAGAAGAAAUUGAUCAAAAAAUUGCUAGAAAAGCCAAGGGUUCACCUCUUGUUGCAAAAAUUUUGGGAAGUCUCAUGUGCUUUAAAAAGACCAAAACUCAAUGGGAGGAUGUUCUAAGUAGUGAAUUGUGGCAAUCCAAAGAAUUUAAAAGCAUCUUUACUCCUUUCUUCUUAAGUUAUAAUGACUUGUCCGCAAAAGAAAAACGAUGUUUCUCGUAUUGUUCAAUAUUUCCAAAGGAUUAUCUAUCUAACAGAUAUGGAUUGGUUGAGAUGUGGAUGUCGCAAAGUUUUGUAGGAUGUGGCAAUAACUCAAAAAAAGAAGUCAUGAUUGUUUUGAAACUUUAG